AUGGAAGCUUACGCAGAAGGACGCGUUCAACAGCGAAUCGAAGCAGCCUUGGAACGUGUUCGUGUCAUCUUAGAUGCCACGAAAGAUCCGCAAGCGGCCGGGGACGUUCAUCAUCAGUAUGAAGACAAAUACUUACUGGUGGAGGGCGUGACAAACGCCGCAGUUGCAUCACAGCUGAAUUCGUUUUGCGCCUUGGGCCUGACCAUCCAGCAAGUGCAGACGCUGCAAGAAUGGGCCAAAGACAAGGCGGUAUCGUUCCAAUUCAUCUCGGAAGAGACGUGCGCCUACGAUCGGGAAGAAACGCGAGAAGAGGAUGAUCCCAGAAGGCACGUGGAAGAGGUUUCGGUCCGAGGGGUUGUGCAGGCAGCAUUCACCAGCAAGGUGGUUACAAAAAUCACCGAGCAUUUUUGGAACUUCGCGGUGAAGUACGAACUCGUGGCCAUCAGAGGGGUGGGCGAAACUGCAGAUGACCGGCUGUGCUUGAUGAGUCGCACAGGACAAGCACAGCUAGUCACCUCGGCAAAGCAAUCCCCACGACCGGAGGUGAAGAAGCCAGCUGCUAAACACCAGGUGAAUGUCAGUUGGCUAUUUCGCAAGCUGAAGAACGACAAGGCGGUGCCAGCUUUCGCAGUGGAUAGGCUGGCCAAGGAGUGCAAAACUCCUCGGCGCAAUGAGGACGUUCAAAAGGCAUAUCAGCAUUGCGAGCAGCUCGCCGUUUUCGCCAAGCAGGUGUCUAGCUACCUGAGGGGGCUCUUCCAAAUUCAGACAACGGCGAAGAAGUCCCUGGACCUCGCUGCACUCCGCGACGACGACCUGUUCAUCCCCGUGUUGCCGGUAAUGGUACAGAGCGCCCAGGAGGCAAUUGAGGAUGUGGAGAUGGACGGCGGAGAGGCCUUGGUGCUGGUGGAGGCAGUGCGCGAUGAGGCGCACAGCAACGUGCAGCUUACGGUCCAGGACUCCAACCGACUGCUGCAGGAAGAAGUGCGAACGUUGAAGUCGAAGCAGACCGAUCUGGCAGAGGCCUUCCCUGCAGAUGGCCUGGCAACAAGGGCAGAGGCCUUUGCAGUCAUCGCCCUGCAGCACGUCAGCCGGGUGUGUGCCAACUGGGCUGAUGCCGUCGGCUACGUGGAGGACAUGCUGCGCAAGCAGCUUGCUGCUGCAAUUGGCAAGGAGGUGUCGCCGGCAGACUUCGCUGCGUACAUGAGGUUCCACUACCGGAAGCUCUUCCACGAGGCAUUCCUGCCGAAGCCCCUGUGCUUCUCUGUCCGCCGCUCCGACACGCACAGCCCGGAGGGAACACUGAGCAUCGAGGAGGACGUCGUUGGGCCUGGUGGCGAUUCCAACAUCAAGAGUCCCAUCGUCACCAUGGUGGCCAGCGCUGCAGAGUCUGCACCCAUGACUUUCCCGCUGAGCGCCUCCACGAACAUCACCUUCGGUGGGGAGAGGCACCUGCAUGCAUGGCUCUCGCACCAGUUCUCUGGCCAAUCUGGUUGCCAGCUGUCUUUGGUGGCACGCGCCAGGCAGUUCAGCUCCAUGCUCGUGCUGAUCGGACGGGUGGCUUCUGCGACCAGCUUUGACCCAAAGUAUGCGGCCAUCAUCCAGAACAAGGAUGAGUUGACGAUUCCACUGAAUCUGUCGACGAUCCCAACCCCAAAGGAGUUCAAAGAUGCCAUCGAGUCUCUGUCGCCAGAGCAGCAAGCCUUCGCGAAAGCCUUCCGCGCCAUGCAGCUGGAGUCAACGCUAUUCGGCGUGCUCGUGGUGCAGAUCAAGCCGCAGCUAGAGCGCGUGCUGAAUUUGUCUGAUGACAGCCUCACGAAGGAGAUCAAGCUGACGCAGGAUCUCAUGCAGCUCUUCAUCAAGUACCAGAUCCCCAGCGACCUGCUCUCAUUUGACGCAACAGCCGGGGAGGCGGAGAUGGUAAACCCAACCCCGGCUGAGCGUCUGGAGCGCGUGAAAGGACAUGUGAAAGCGAUGCAUGAGAUGAUUGAGGGCGCCAAGCAAGAGGAGAUCCAAGCACGGGAGCAGGAGGUGCUCUACGACGAUCCUUUUGCAAAUCAGCCCAGGGCUCCCUGUGGAGCAGCCGGAGGCGUGGCCCACCUUCAACGCAGCAGCAAGGGGGGCAUGAGAGGCUCGGCGAGGUCAAGACCUAUGGCAGUGCCGGCAGCAAUGCAGUCGAUACAAUUCUCCGCGAUGCCUAUGCCCGGGGCCGAUUGCGCCGUGGCUGAGUGCGCUGCUGCAGCCCCGCCGCCGCCGGCUCCUGUACCCGGUGGAGCGCCGCCCCCUCAGCAGCAACAGCAGCAGCAGCAGGCGCAGCAGCAGCCGCAGCAGCAGAAGGUGCCAGAGUCUUCCCAACAGUUCGCAGACCAGGCAGGAUCCACAGGGGCCACCUCGGGCAGCCGGGACUACACACAGGUGCCUGCUCAGAUGGAUCAGCGGUUUGAGAAGCUGGACACUGACAACUCCCUCCGACCGACGAUCAUCAGCGCGGCUGAGAGGUGGACCAAGCAGUCCCAAAAGGCGUUGCUUGCAAGCCCUUCCACGUCAUUCUUGUCAAAGACAGAGCAGAAGACGGAAAGGGAGGCUGCAUUCGACCUCUUAGACGCCCUGACGAAGUCUGGGGCCUUGCCUCUGACCCACGCAAGCCUUCAUGUGGUCAUUGCUGCCACCCACUGCUUCGACAAGACCGUCACCGAGACCGUCAUUCAGAACAACGUCAACCCCAUUGCGAAAGUGGAGCGGUCUUCGCUGAUCAUGGCCUCCACCGUGCACGAGAAGCCGGUCGGCGAGCUGAUCAAAGACGAGCAAGUGCAGAGGGUCACGGCCGCCUCCCCUCAGCUCUUCCUGGAGGAUGCCUCCAGCUGA